CCACAUUCCUAAACCGUUAUUCCCCGUAUUGCAUCUCUCCAUGAAAGACUAAGCCUGCUUCCCCACCAUGGAUGACAGGACGACAACACCAACCACCACUGCGGAGGUCACAAGAGGACAACACAAUGCAGACUUUAAGGCGUCGCCGUCCAGCAAACCUCUUCAUCGCUUUCUCCAAAAGGAGCCCCAGAGUCUCGGUGUUGUCAUCGGGAUCUGUGGCUGUGCAGAGCUGAUCAUGGGAUGCAUCUUGUUCAGGCAAACCGUGACAAACUCCAGCGACAUCUACGUUCCUUUCUGUCAGGGAGCUCUGUUUCUCACCUGUGGAAUCUUGUCUGUCUACACGGGAGCAUGUCCAUCCAAAAAGAUGGUGACCGUUUGUCUGUCCAUGUAUGUGAUGUCCAUCCUGGGAGUCAUGGUGUCUUGCUGUUAUAGGAUACACUGCUUUGUUUUCUAUGCCUACAUCUCCCGCCAACCCUUAGUGGACUCACAGUGGGGCUACAGCGAAGUGAUGCAACUUUUUGCCACGGAAUGCAUUUUGUUCACCUUCUCUGCGUGCGUGGCGGUGCUUCUCAUCUUCUUGUCAGCCGUGGCCCGCCUGGCUCUCAAAUCCACAAACACUCAGGUCAUUUUCCAGCAGAUAUCAACGCCACAGAGUGACACAACAUCCCAACAAUAAUUUUGGAUCCUUCUCACUUAACGAUCAUAAAUCUGUACAGUUUUCUAUACUAUAUUAUCAGUGUUGGGACUAACGCGUUACUGUAACGCCGUUAGUUUCGGCGGUAACUAGUAAUCUAACGCGUUAUUUUUUAUAUUCAGUAACUCAGUUACAUGAUGCGUUACUGCGUUAUUUUACGUUAUUUUUUAUGUAGUAUCGGCUAGAAACAGAAGAUCUGAGUGUGUUUUAUUGGAGCGCUGCGGUGGAAAAGAAAAGGCGUGCUUUCUGUGGGUGGGGGCAGGGGCUCCCAGACCGUAGUUGAGGGGCGCAGGGAGACGUUCCUCCAGGGCCUAUGUACUUUGGGGCUAACAACCUUCACUUUACCCGGAAGUGGGUCUUUACAGCUGAGGGCGAAUGACGAGGCCGGCGGUUUGUUGCAAUUUUGUGACUUUAUUGGACGCAGCCAUUCACCAAGCUAGAGCACCUGCACGCACUCACUGUUGCUGCUCGCUCACCUCUCUCGCCCACUCACUCACUGACGUCACUCACCUCACAUGCUGUCAUAUCUUAAAGGGCCACACACACACACACACACACACACACACACACAUACUCUCAUAACAACUAACAAGACAUCAUGGAGAAGCCAGAAGUCGAGUUUCUUAACAUGGAGACAUUCUCAAUACUUUUCUUUUGUCGAGCACAAAAAAAAUAACAUUUUAGUUCAAUGUAAGUUGUGUCUUGGAUCAAAGAUCCUAUCUACUUAAAGUUAAAGUUAAAGUGCCAUUAUGUUGCAGCUAUUUAAAAUAGUUUGUCAAUUUGUCGUGGCCUGAAAUAAAUUGGCUUUUUGAAACACAUCUUUGUCUUUGUGUGUUGUAUGUAGAGCACAUUGUUUGUGUGUUGUAUGU